GCCUCUCGAGAGACGACGCGUCAUUCACAUCUGCCUGCCACGGCCCCCAGACCUCUCUACGUACUGUCGACCGUCACGGUCCCCAUUCUUCCGGGUGCCAUCCGGCGGCCAUGUUAUAUCUUAUCGAUAGACAAUUCGGGCGCCGAAAUGCUUGGCCCGGGUGCCCGAGAGGUGUUGCAUUCACUAUAAAGGUAUGGGAUGAACGCAUGUAUCUUGCUUUCCCAAUGACUUCCAACUACGUCCGUAACAACAGGACUUCCCACCAAGAUACUCGUCACGAAGUUACUGCCGCGAGGUGCAUCCAUCGCCUCUUUGUCGUUCCCGCGUACCAUGUCCUCGUCAGCUGCCACCCACGUUGACCUCUUGAUCAUAGGAGGCGGUCCUGCAGGUCUAGCUACAGCAUCGACAUUUGCUCGACUGAAGCGCUCGACAUCGAUCUAUGAUUCUCACGUGUAUCGGAAUGCAAACUCGGCAGCGGCGCACACGUUGAUGGGGUUUGAAGGUCAAGAUCCAGUUGUUCACCGCCGGAAAGCGAGAGAAGAGAUUGAGAGGGAUUAUGAUUGGGUCAACUUCAGAGACGAUACGAUCGUAUCUCUGGAGAGAAACGACAAGAGCGGCUCGGGAUUCGAGGGUCUUGAUCUCACGACCUUCAAAGCUGUCGACAAGACGGGACGGGAAGUCUUGGCGAGAAAAGUCGUAUUGGCGACAGGUCUCAAAGAUAAGAUGCCAGAUAUUCCAGGUAUCACCGAGAUCUGGGGUAGACGAGCGGUCCACUGUAUAUUCUGCCACGGUACCGAGACGUCUACCUCACCGAUCGCUGUUCUUUUGAACACUGAUGCGCCUCACUUCAACGCUAUGCUCUUGGAUAGCUUUACGAAAUUAUGGGCGACGUUGAAACAUCCCAAGGUUUACAUCUUGACCCAUGGCAUAGACCCCUGGACGCCUGAAGGCGAGGAGAAAUCAGGCAUGAAAAAGUUCCAAGAUAUCAUCAAGGCUAGAAGAUACGAUAUCAUCACGUCUCCUCUUACUUCUGUGGACUCUUCCAACGACGAUCAUCUGACGAUCCACUUCCAAGACUCCUCCUCGAUCCAAGUAGGAAACAUCAACAUGUUCCCAAGUGCGUUACUUGCCCAUUCGGACGCCGAAUCAUUCCUCCGACCUUCCUUGUUCGACGGACAAAGCUUGACACCUAUGAGCACCGUUCCCAUUAUCAAGCCUGAUCAACUCUCAGAGGGAGAUCUCAGAUUCCCGCCCUUCUUCGGUGAUGAUCCCAGGACCAUCGUUCGUGGAUUGUUCUGGGCAGGCAAUUGCGGCAAUGCCAUGGGAAAUAUCAACCUCAGUGUGUUGCAAGGUCAGAUUGCAGGUUUCGGAGCGGGCGAAGAGCUGGGACGAGAAGACAUGGAGGCGGAGGUGUAAUAAGAGAAUAUCUGCCUCGCUGUCUGGUAGUAAAGCGCUACAUGUGCAACUGGACUACCGGCCUCACGCCAUGCAUGCUACUAGACCAGAUG